AGAAGCUCCGCCACUGACCACUCGUUUGUCUUAGACGGGCUAUGAGCUUCUGAUGAGAUUUACGGGAUGCGGACCACACAUUUGAGUGAUUAUUCUGUUACUAUGAAAAUAUAAGAAGUUGAACGACUUCGGUUGUUUUUUUUUCUCUUUCACGGCAUGUCUGCAGCGAUGCUGAGCACCUCGACCAGCAAGCUGAAUGUAUUGGUCAACAAGCUUCAUGAAUACUUGGCUAAUUCAGCUGUUGAGGGCAGCAAUGGCACACCAACAUCCGAGGAUGCUGAUGGUCUGACAGAUAUGACCCGUUUGAUGGGAAAAUCUGCGCAUCAUGCUUUGACAGAGGCUGGUGCUGAUAGCAGAUUCUCAAGGAGAAAACCUUCAGUUGUCACAAAGCACUCCGGACUGGAUGAAUCUGGGGACUCAAAUGCAAGUGAGGACUUGGAUUUACCAGCCAGUGCAAAUGGUCACUUUGAUAUCACAAGAUUGCCUAAAGGCACUGUGCUGGUCAGGCCUGAAGCAGUUGACCUUGGAAGAGAUGAUUUCAGGGGUCCGGAGUUCCGCAAGUCCAAUGUACUGCGGAAAGACUUUUCAAGAAGACGUGGAGGAGUUGAACCCAUGCCAAUUGUAAGUUGCACUGCUUGUGGCCGACAAGUUAACAACUUCCGGAAGGACUCCUUAUAUCGACAUCCAGUUCUGAAAGUACUUAUUUGCAAGUCUUGCUAUAACUAUUAUUCAAGUGAUGACAUCAGUAAGGAUGGAGACGGGAUGGACGAGCAGUGCCGGUGGUGUGCCGAAGGAGGCAACCUGAUCUGUUGUGACUUCUGUAGUAACGCUUUCUGCAAGAAAUGUAUUCUGAGGAAUCUUGGAAGGAAGGAACUGUCCAGCAUCUUGGAGAGCAAAUGGUAUUGCUACGUGUGUAGUCCAGAACCCCUUUUUGACCUGGUGAUGGCUUGCGACAGUGUCCUGGACAUGGAGCGCCUGUGGCGUCGGCAGCGCAAGAAGAAUCGAGUAGGGCCAGAGAAAUCGGAACUUUACGACAUGUUGUCAAACUCCUCACAAAACCUACCUUUGGACAAAUGGGAUCACAGUGGUAUGGAUGGAAAUGUAGUGUUCAACUAUAACACACUGCAGAUUUCCAAGGACAUUACCAAGAAGGCCAAACAUUUAGUGGACUCAGCUAACGCCUUAAACCAAACUUUUGUCAGUUUUCUUCAUACUGUGACAACAAACAAACAAACACCUGGUGUUCGUAAUCUUUAUCUGAACUCUUUUUUGGCUGUAGUUAAAGGCUUACGAAAAUCUCUGGCAUUACUGGAGGAAAGCCUUAAGGAAGAAUUCAGUGACUUGGAUGUGUUGAGCACUUGGGAGAAGUUCUUAAGCAAUGACGCACUUGUGACAGAAGCAGAUGCGGAAGUGGAUAUCUCUGAUGAAAAAUGCUUGAGCAAAUUGCAGAAGUUGGCAGGUGAACAUCUGGAUGAAAACGAUUCGGACUCCAAGGGGUUUGUAGAUGGGAGAAAUCCACUCAAGUGCCCCAGGAAGGACAUGGAUUCCCUUGAAGCAAGUCAGGGAGAGCAAAAAAGUGGCCUUAAGUCUGCUGAAAGAAGGGUUGACAUGUCUAAAAAGCUAGUGGUACAGCUUACACCUGUAGCUUUGAAACAGGGACAAUCAUCUGAUCCCCCCAUGAUGGAGGUAGACCUCCACAAGAAAGAUAGGAAAUCAAAAGAAAAACAUGCACCUGAAGAUGUAGAAACAGGUGAUGUAGGCACGAAAGCUGACAGCAAGCUGAGCAAUAACAACUCAAGUGUGUCACUAUUUCAUGAAGAUGAAAAAGGCCAUAGACGGUCUCCUCGUGUGAAGACGACUCCUUUGCGUCGACCAAGUGAUGUUACCACUAAAACGUCCCUUUCUGCAGAACACAGUGACAGUGACUCUGACCCUGAGGAAACAUCCAACACUGCGCCUGCCAAAAACACUGAAGAAGAAGGUAUGAGCAGAGCGAGGGAUGACUCCGACUCAGAUGAAGUCCCCGCUGCGCUGCUGGAGCGAGCAGCAAUAACACAAAGCUCAGAUGAAGCCCAGAGUGACGAGGACACUGGUAAAGUGUCACCGGCUAAAGUGGCCAAGAAAUGUCUCUUUUGGCUCACUAAGAACACCCCAAUGUCACCGGACAAGAUCCGCCGAAAACGCAAGAUACUGGAGCGCUCUAGCGACUCAGACUUGAGCAACAGAAGGGUAAAAGCCAGACAGGAAAGUGGGACAGAUUCUUCUAGUGACGAACAAGACUCACAAAAGGAAAUAAAACACUUAAAUACGUUACGGACAAUAGGGAAGCCUCACCUGGCCAAAAGAGAGGAGGAAGGCGUGGCUAGAAAGAAGGGUAGGAUGCAAGCUGGGAAGUCUACGACUAAAUCUUGUCAUGCACCAAUGGACUCUUCAUCGUCGACGUCAUCAAGUGAAGAUGAACACAAUGAUGACUCUGGGAGUGACGGAAGUGAUCAAAAGAUGAAGCCAAUCACAGAAGACGUGACCUUACUAGGAGCUGCAGCAUUCCACCAAUCAUCGGGAGAUGAGGAGCAGUCUGGGCCCUCGUGGGCAGCAGAAGACGACGACGAUCCAGAAAAUAGAAUCGCUAAGAAAAUGCUUUUGGCCCAAAUUAAAGCCAACUACUCCUCGGGUGACGAUAUCUCUUCGGAUGAGGAAUCACGGGAGGAAGACUCUGAGGCGGAGUUCAGCAAGGAGGUCAAAGAAGGCAACGCGGAUAAUGGAACAGAUGAAAACGGGGCAGAUUUGUCUUCAGAAUCAUCCGACGCCACGGCUAGUCGGCCCGUCGCCAGCCAUUAUCUUCUCCGCCACAAACUCACUUUAGAUAAUCAGACAUCCGGAGACACACCUAAGAGCGAACAAGAGCAAAAACGAGCCAGCAGAGAAUGCAAGACCAGUGAUAGUGACAGUACUAACCUCAGUAAUGAGUUUGGUGACGAUGGUGAAGAUGGGAUGAUGGAGGUGCUGAGUCUGUCGGAGGAUGAAGCUAGUGAAGACGACUUUAAAAGCACCAGAAAGGCAAAGGAUGCAGAUCGUUCUGAAAAGAAGACAUCGGUCACCUGCAUUUGGUUGUCUGACUCCAGCGAUGAAAAGCAGAGCGAUCAAGAGGAUGCGGAUAAGGAGGCCAGCGACAGUAAAGGAACACCCAAGGGACGCAGAAAGAUCCGAAAAAUCAUUGGCGAUGAAAGCCUCCGUGCUGAGACCCAGGAAGCCCUCAGGGAGGAGGAGGAGAGGUGCAAACGUUUGGCAAAUAGGGAUCAACAGAUGGAGGAUAGAAGAGAGAUAAUUGUGAUACAAGAUGAGCUGUCUCAAGUGGUGUGUCCCGUCACAACCAAGCUGAUCCUGGAUCAGGACGAGGAGACCAAGAUGCCUCUUGUUCAGGUGCACAGGAACCUGGUGACGAAACUAAAGCCUCACCAAGUGGAUGGCGUCCAGUUUAUUUGGGACUCUUGCUGUGAGUCUGUGAAGAAGGCCAACUCUUCUCCAGGAUCAGGCUGUAUACUGGCACACUGCAUGGGGUUAGGAAAGACUCUGCAGGUAGUUGCGUUCCUCCACACUGUGUUGCUGUCAACAAAUCUGAGGUUCAAAACCGCCUUGGUCGUGUGUCCACUGAAUACGAUCCUUAACUGGCUCAGUGAGUUCAAGAAAUGGCAAAGCAGCAUGGGAGAAGAUAAAGUGAUGGUUACAGAACUGACUUCAAUAAGGCAUCCCCAUGAACGACUUAGAGCUCUGCAGAGGUGGCAGAAAUUCGGAGGCGUCAUGUUAAUGGGUUACGAGAUGUACCGCAUCCUGUCACAGUGCCACAAAAUCAAGGACGAGGUGUCAAAGGAAGAGUUCAAGAGAGCACUGGUGGAUCCAGGUCCAGACUUUGUGGUUUGUGAUGAGGGGCACAUCCUUCGCAAUGAGGCUUCCAAUGUCUCCAAAGCUUUGAACGGCAUCAAGACGCAAAGAAGAGUGGUGCUAACUGGAACACCGCUACAAAACAACCUUGUUGAGUACCACUGCAUGGUCAAUUUCAUAAAGAAGAGUCUUCUGGGCUCACUGGGCGAAUUCCGAAACCGCUUUAUAAACCCCAUACAGAACGGCCAGUGUGCUGACUCCACACCUAAAGACGUCAGAGUCAUGAAAAAGCGAGCUCACAUUCUUUAUUCGGUGUUGGGGGGAUGCGUGCAGAGAAGAGAUUACUCUGAGUUGACACAGUUUCUUCCUCCCAAACACGAGUAUGUGCUGGCAGUUAGGAUUUCACCGCUUCAGUACAAGUUAUACCAGUACUACCUCAACCAUAUCACAGGUGUGAGCUCCAUAACUUACAGAUUAAAGAGGGCUGGAGCAAACCUGUUCAAGGACUUUCAAGUGCUCAGCCGAAUUUGGACUCAUCCAUGGUGCCUUCAGCUCAGCUACAUGAGCAAAGACAAGAAGGGAUGUUUUGAAAAGAAAAAUACAUCUAAAACAGCAGAUUUGUUCAGAAAUGCAGAAACCGCUGUGGCUGAGAGUGAACUGAAAGAGAACGAAGGGAAUAACAAUGACAACAGUGCCAUGAUUGCUGAUGCAGCCAAAGUUUUCCCUGCAGUGGAAGGAGAGAACGCAGAUGUCAGCUUGAGGUCUCAGAUUGAUGAGGGCUGGUACAAGAAUCUUCUGUCCGACAGUGACGCCAAAAUCCUGGAGCACUCGGGGAAGAUGGUGCUCUUGUUUGAGAUCCUCAGGAUGGCUGAAGACCUGCAAGAUAAAGUGCUUGUGUUCAGUCAGUCCUUGAUCUCAUUAAACCUGAUCGAGGAUUUCUUGAAGGCAUCUCACCAUGCCAGGGACCAAUCAUUUAAAGCGGGCAGCUGGAUCAAAAAUGUUGAUUACUAUCGUCUGGAUGGUUCCACCAGCGCUGCGUUAAGGAAGAAAUGGGCUGAUCAGUUCAAUAAUAAAGCCAAUGUCCGUGGCCGAUUGUUUCUCAUCUCAACGAGAGCAGGCUCACUUGGUAUCAACCUCGUGGCUGCAAACAGAGUCAUCAUCUUUGACGCUUCAUGGAAUCCCUCAUAUGACAUACAGAGCAUCUACAGAGUGUACCGCUUUGGGCAGCUCAAACAAGUGUUUGUGUACCGAUUCUUGGCUCAGGGCACCAUGGAGGAGAAGAUCUAUGACCGUCAGGUGACCAAGCAGUCUUUGUCCUUCCGAGUGGUGGAUCAGCAGCAGAUUGAGAGACAUUUCACCCUUUCUGAACUCACUGAACUCUACAUAUUUGAGCCAGAUCUGCUUGACGAACCAAACUCCAAGAAAAGCAAGAGACUCGCCUCUCUUUUGCCAAAGGAUGAUGUCCUAGCACAGCUAUUAGAAACCUGUAAAAACCAGAUAGUGUCAUACCAUGAGCAUGAAUCCCUGCUGGACCACAAACAAGAGGAAGAACUCAGUGAGGCAGAACGCAAAGAUGCUUGGGCUGAGUAUGAAGCUGAGUCACACUCAGCCAGCGUUCCAGUUGGCUCCAUCCAGAAGACCUUGUAUACAAAGACCAACGAAGAGCUAAUCGAGAUGCUUAACCAAACCAGAAAAAAUGUGUCCGUGGCUUUCAUGGAUCUGCAGAAAAUUAAGUUUUACCCUCUCGAGGCCUACGUGUUGCAAGUGCGUCAACAGUAUCCUGAUCUGUCUGAGGAGCUGGUAAAAAGCAAAGCUGAGGACUGGAAACAAUAUGAUGAGAAGAGGAAGGGACACUCACAGCUUGUUUACAGAGACACUCUUACAAAGCAGCAAACACUCACCCUCAGCAUUCAGGCCAUACUGAACAGCCGAAGAAGUCAAGAGAAUCAGAUGGCUGCCACUGCUGUGAACCAGGCUGGACAGAUUUGAUCAGUCGUGCCUCAGUGUGAUGUUUUUGUUCUUCACCGCUAUGAUACUGAAUGUAGUAUGUGGUCUUUCCAUAUGUGUAAAACAUAUGGAAAGACCGCACUGAGCUUUCUUAGACAGGAAGCAAUGUUUCAUGUGUUAAGUUGUAGUGAUAUAAAGGAGCACAGCUUAGUUUAAAUAAUACUUUCAGCUUUUUAACUGAUGCAUUUUACAAACGCACUGUAAUAUUGGUUAUUAUUUUGCUGCUUCAUACCAAAAAUGGUUAACAUGCUUGAAAGAUACUGUAUAUGCCUUACUGUGUAACUUUAAUAAUUGUUUGUUGUUCUUAUUCUUUAAUGUUUUCCUGUACUAAAUCGACUAAAUUAGUAAUGACUUUUUCACACUGGUGCCUUCAUUUAAUUGAAGUAGUUGAGAUAGAAGAGAGUUGUGGUGCAGAUAUCAUGUGCAACAAAUAAAAAGAAAUAGGGACCCGAUGCCCUUACUGUAA